CAACGUCGGUUGCUGCAGCAGCAGUAACUGAUAAAUUCCAGGUUGGAAGUGACACAUUGGGUGAAUUGAUUCUGAUGAUACCCGCCUACACUGAGAUCUGGACCAAUGAGUAGCUCUUCAGUACCUCUGUGAGACCCUCUCUGAGACUUUUAACUGAGGCUUUUAUUUUGGCUGACACGCCGCAGGGGUCAGUUUAUGAAAGGGUUUGUAUUUUAACUUUCACUAUUUAUAUGCGUUUGUCUGUGUUUUUAUUCGUUCAACUAUGGACCGACCGAGCCUUCGGAGACUUUUUUCUGCUUGUGAUGUGGACAAGUCCGGUAAGAUCGAGUACGAGGACUUCACCGUUGUCUGCCGGGAGCUCAACGUCCCCGAAAGUGAGAUCAAAACUCUGUUCGACAAGUUCGACGCGGACGAAGACGGGUGCAUAGACUACAACAAGUUUUCGUCCAGGUUUCAGGAGGUUUCAGAGACUAUGGACCUGGCGUCUUUCGGAGCUGGGUCGUCACAAACCCAGGGCUGUCCGUGGGAAGAGUUUGUGGGCAGGGUAGAUGCGGAGUCUCUCCUCUCUGAAAGUCUCAGGGAGCAGCUGGCUGAUCUUUACCAGGCCAUUCACUCCUCUGCAAACACGAGUUUGCUGCCGCAGUAUGAGGAAAUCGUCCACUCUCUGAUCAGUCAAAGCCUGGAAAACAGGCUAGAGUGUGAACAGCUGGAGACCAGUUUAAAGCGAGCGGAGGAGAUGAACAACAGUCAGCUGACAGAACUGGAGGACGAUAUACAGCAGCAGCUACGCAGAACAGAGGAGAGGGUGAGAGAUGAGGAGCAAAAGAAAAUGGAGGGAAUUUUGGCGACCAUGCGGAGGAAGUAUGAGAAUGAGGUCACAGACCUGCAUGCAACGGUGGACCGACUUUUAAAUAGCCAAAAGGACUCUGAAUUGAACCAGUCAAAGGAGGAGGUGGUCAGACUGAACAAACAAAUCCGUGAUCUCUCACAGGAAAAUGAGCAGCUGCGGGCCUCCCUGCUCCAAGCCGAGACAAACAUCGCCGUCUUGCACGCGGAGCUGGACAAGCUGAAGAACAUGUAUGCAGACCAGAAAGCUCAACACCGAAGAGAAACAGAUGACUUGAGGAGGAUGGUUGUGGAAUACCAGUCAUAUUCCAAUCAGAUUCAGGUUCUCCAGGAAACUAACAAAAAGCUGUAUGACAGUAACGACGGACUGCGCUCUGCGUUGGCCAGUGAAGCGGUUAAAAGGAGGCUGUCUCCCCAAAAUGAAAUCCCCGCCCGAAGGAUGAAACCCCUCCGACAGAGCACACUCAACCACGGCAGCUCAGAGCCGGAUUCCAGCAAAACAACCUACUUUCAUGUGGCCACCUGGGCUGAUAGGUAUCUGGACAGUGGAGUCUCCAUGGCGAUGGACACAGCCGAGAGCGCAGGCAGCGAUUAUGACAGCGACGACAGUAGGAGCACGGUGGAAACUGUGCACCACAGUUACUCCUAUGUCCCGUCCGAUGUGGAGAUAUCAGAAGUGAAAUCUGAAGCUGCAGUGUCGGUGGCUCCUAGCAGGGCGAGCUCCAUUGCAUCGUCCCUACGAAGACGUUUGUCUGCAUUUUCCACAAAGCCUUUAGAAACAGGCAUAGAAGAAACUGAGGAUCCUGGUCCCAUGUACCGUCUGGUUUUAGCUGGAGACGCGGGAGCUGGAAAGUCCAGCUUCCUGCUGAGACUGACGCUCAAUGAGUUCCGAGGAGACAUUCAGACGACGCUGGGAGUUGAUUUCCAAAUAAAGAGGAUGCUAGUGGACGGAGAGAAGACGAGUCUGCAGAUAUGGGACACAGCUGGGCAGGAGAGAUUCCGUAGUAUUGCCAGGUCCUAUUUCCGUAAAGCUCAUGGAGUCCUGCUCCUGUAUGAUGUUACUUCAGAAAGCAGCUUCCUUAAUGUCAGGGCGUGGGUGGAUCAGAUUCAGGAUUCAACGGACGAGAAAAUCCCCAUGUGUGUUAUUGGAAACAAGGUGGACCUCCGAGAGCAGCUACCAGAGGGAAGCAGUGUGAGCAGUUUGCAUGGAGAGAAGUUGGCCAAGGCAUACGGCGCCUUGUUCUGCGAAACCAGUGCCAAAGAGGGAACCAACAUUGUCGAAGCUGUGCUUCAUCUAGCGAGAGAGGUAAAGAAAAAUGUCACUCUGAGGCGGCAGUCAGAUUCUCAGGUCAGACUGAGUCCAUCAAACCCAAAGAAGACUCUUAACGCCUGCUGUGGACUGUAGGUGAUUGAUAUCUGUGGGUACGAUGGAGCAAUGAAGGACACCAAAUGAUUUUUAUUUUUUGAUGAUGAAGAACAUUUUCUUAAAUAUUUUAACCUUUGAAAUACUUAAACUCAAAUAUAUAAAUAUAUAUAAAAUAUAUUUUCAUGAAAGUUAAUUCUUUAAUCAAAAUGAAGAUUUAUAUUGUUGGAAAAUUGCAGAAAUAUAAAUGCAGGUAAUGUAAUCAUCCUUAUGUUUUUGUUAGCUUUUAUAUUUAUUUAGAAGUAAUUUUAUGAAGUAAAUAAAUAAGGAAUAUUAUGUGCCUCAGUUGAGAUGAAAUAGUUAAAUAGAAGUUGGAAAUGGUUUUGCCAGACAGUUUUUAAAUGAAUGCACAUUUUUUUUCUGCUGUGAGACCAAAUGUCUGCGACAGAGGUGUUUGUCUUUUUCUCUAGAUCUUUUCAAGGACCAAAGAUACAUUUUUUUUUUUUUUUUAAACAUUUUUAUUGAGCAUCAGUUUAAGCGAUAUUACAUUUUACUUUCAGCACCUUCAACAUUGGAGGAUUGAUCAAAUAUCUCUCAUGUUGAAAGUUUUAUUUGUUUACUAAAAUGACUCAUUGUAGUUUGUAGUUAGCCUUAACCAAAGUUUUUUUGUUUUUUUUUUAAAUAACAAACCGAAAUGUAACCUUUUCCAAUUAAACACAACUGCAAAUAAACUUCUGUCUGAUCGAUCAGCA